AUGAAUGCGGACAAGCUGGUGAGCGACCUGCGCGAAAUAGAAGAAGACUACGAAGGGGAGAGCGAGGGGGAGGAUCCUUUGAUGCCGACGGAGAAGGUGACGUUCCCUAGUGGAAGCGUGAACAGAAAGCUAUUCGACGAAAAAAUGAAUCAACACUACACCAUUUUUAACACCAAAAAUGAGUUUCGAAAAACCGAAAUUAAUGUAGAGAAAACGCAGAUUGACAUAGUUAACCACUUUAUAUUUCUGCUCAAAUUGUUAAGAAGAAGUAAUGACGAAGAGAUCAUACGACAAAUAGCGAAAUGUAUUGAAGUCAGCUUUGAGACGGAUAACGAUGAGGUGCAAAAACUGUCCGAGGAAAAAUCCUUCUACGUGUAUAAACAAUACCUACUGAAAAAUAAACAUUUUUUUUUAAAAAUCUGGAGAAGUAUGAAAAAUAAAAAUUUCUAUCCACAUGUAAAACAAAUUAUUAAAGAUAUCACAAGAAACUUUUUUUCAUUCAAUAGGGAAAUACAUAAUGGCAGUCAGGGCUUUAAGUCAAUUUUAUCAAGUCUCUACAAAUUGCUAGGGAAAUAUUUCCCAUGCGACUUUAGGAAAAUAUUGUUGACAUUUUUUCUUCUAAGUCUUAUGAGUCGAACUAAUAACACUGUCGAUAUUUUAUACACUCUAGAAUAUUAUUUCAAAAAUAAUAACUUUUCUAUUAUUAUUCCAAAUAGCUGUUUUAUUUCUCCAUGUGAACUGAGUAUUUGUAAUAACAUCAUUCUGUUGCGUAGUCAUGUAAAAUAUUUUAUCAAAGUUACAGAGGAGUCUUCCUCUCUGCUGAACUACAACUGCUACAACAUUAUCUACAUUGAUGAGAAUCUAAUAAGUGACAAUUUUUAUUUGCACAUUUAUAAAACGUUGCUAAAGGAUUGCAAGCACCAUUACCUUUUUCGGGAUACAGAAUUAUUCGGCGAGGUGAACUUCUUUGAUGUUAAGUCUAACUAUGCUAAGUUGAAGUCAAAAGGGGUGUCUCAAGUAGGGGAUCCCUUUCGAGAGGGACCAACUGGCUACGAUGCGACCAUGUACCCUAAUGGCGGAAAAACGGAGAGCAUCGAACAACAGGGAGACCAUUUUGCGACCCUUCUGGACGAUAUAGAAGUUUCUUCCAGCUCCACCUAUAACUGCAGCGAUAACGAAAUUGAUAUAAAAAAGAUAAAUGAGAAAAAUAAACUGUAUCGGGAUACACGUGACCAUUUGGGCAAACGCAGAAGGAACUUUUUUUACCAGUAUUUGAUUAUCGAGUUGAGU